CACUCACUCGCAUGGUUACAGCACACACACUUUGAGAGUUCCUAACUGCGCAGUCAGGAGGCAGCCAGCAUCAACACUAUCUGACGCAUUUCUACUAGUUGUGUAACUAAAAGCAAACACACUGCAUCAUACUCAACAAUUCCAGCUUGUCAAAUGCAGAAUACGGUAAAUAUGGCGGCUGAAUCGGAAUUUGAUGAAGAAGAGGAGCCUUCGUUCAGCGAUCCAGAGGAUUUUGUGGCUGACAUCGAUGAUGAAGAGUUGUUGGAGGAUGUUUUGAGGGAGAGACCUUUGGAGGCUGAUGGGAUCGAUUUGGUGGUCGUGGUGGAAAACGUUCCCCAGGUGGGACCUGAACGUCUGGAGAAACUGAAAAAUGUGAUCCAUAAAAUCUUCUCCAAGUUUGGAAAAAUCACUAAUGAAUUUUACCCUGAAGUGGCUGGGACGACAAAAGGGUAUAUCUUUCUGGAGUACGCCUCCCCAAACCAGGCUCUGGAAGCUGUUAAGAAUGCAGAUGGUUACAAGCUGGACAAACAGCACACAUUCAGAGUCAAUCUGUUCACCGAUUUUGAUAAGUACAUGAAUAUCAGUGACCAGUGGGAAACCCCUGAAAAACAGCCAUUUAAAGACUUUGGCAACAUGAGGCACUGGCUUGAGGAUCCAGACUGUCGUGAUCAAUACAGUGUAAUCUAUGAAUCAGGAGAGCAAACUGCCAUAUUUUCCAAUGACCCGAAGGAGCCAAUCCUGGUUGAAGAGAGAGCUUGCUGGACAGAGACUUACGUCCGCUGGUCACCCAAAGGGACAUAUCUGGCCACCUUUCACCAGCGGGGAAUUGCAUUGUGGGGUGGAGAGAAGUUCAAGCAGAUACAGAGAUUCAGCCACCAGGGUGUCUCUCUCAUUGACUUCUCCCCAUGCGAGAGGUAUGUGGUGACUUUCAGCCCACUGAUGGACACUAAAGAGGACCCUCAGGCCAUCAUUAUCUGGGACAUCCUGACCGGACAGAAAAAACGUGGCUUCCAUUGUGAGAGUUCAGCACACUGGCCUAUUUUUAAGUGGAGUCAAGAUGGAAAGUUCUUUGCCAGAAUGACACAAGACACUCUGAGCAUCUAUGAAACCCCAUCAAUGGGCCUGCUAGAUAAGAAGAGUUUGAAAAUAAGUGGAAUAAAAGAUUUUUCUUGGUCCCCGGGAGACAACAUCAUUACUUUUUGGGUCCCAGAAGACAAGGACAUUCCAGCCAGGGUAACGCUCAUGCAGUUCCCGUCCCGUUUAGAGAUUCGGGUGCGGAAUCUUUUCAACGUGGUGGACUGCAAGCUUCACUGGCAACGGCAGGGUGACUACUUGUGUGUGAAGGUGGACCGAACACCCAGAGGAACACAGGGUGUCGUCACAAACUUUGAGAUUUUCCGCAUGAGAGAGAAACAGGUUCCUGUUGAUGUGGUAGAGAUGAAAGAGAGCAUCAUUGCAUUUGCCUGGGAACCCAACGGCAGUAAGUUUGCAGUACUACAUGGAGAAUCACCCAGAAUAAAUGCCUCAUUUUACCACGUCAAAAGCAACGGCAAGAUUGAUCUCAUCAAGAUGUUUGAUAAGCAGCAGGCCAACAGUAUCUUUUGGAGUCCUCAAGGUCAGUUUAUGGUACUGGCAGGACUGCGGAGUAUGAAUGGAGCUCUUGCAUUUGUGGACACAUCGGAUUGUACCAUUAUGUAUAUCGCGGAGCAUUACAUGGCCUCUGAUGUGGAAUGGGACCCUACAGGCAGAUAUGUGGUGACUUCUGUUUCCUGGUGGAGCCACAAGGUGGACAAUGCAUACUGGCUUUGGACGUUCCAAGGACGUCUUCUGCAAAAGAACAACAAAGACAGAUUCUGCCAGUUGCUAUGGAGACCAUGCCCUCCUACAUUACUCAGUCAAGAGCAAAUAAAGGCAAUUAAGAAGGACCUCAAGAAGUACUCAAAAAUCUUUGAGCAAAAGGACAGACUGAGCCAGUCUAAGGCUUCUAAGGAGUUAGUGGAUAAACGUCGUUUGAUGAUGGAAGAAUACAGGCGGUACAAAGACAGUGCCAUUCAGCUUUACAACCAACAGAGGGAGCUGCGCCUUCAGCUCAGAGGAGGUGUGGACACAGAUGAACUGGACAGUAAUGUGGAGGACUGGGAAGAGGAAACCAUCGAGUUCUUUAUCAGUGAAGAGAUCAUUAAUCUUGGAGACCUGGAGUAGACGUACACGGAAAGCACUGUUGUUCCC